AAUGAGCCCGCGCCAUAGGGUAGUCGGGCGCCGACCCCCUCCUCCGCCUCCACGUUCUGGUGAGAUGAAAAGUUUUCUGGCGGCCUCAGUUGACUGGAGGGAAAUUGAAAUAAAUAAAUAAAUAAAUAAAGGAAGAGGGACCCAAAAUGGCGGAAAAUUUAAAAGCCUGCUCUGUUUGUUGCAAAUCCACUCAGUCCCAGCUCCAGGAUUUGUGCCGGUUGGAAAAAGUAUGCUGUUCGGACUUGGGCGUCACCAGGAGAAACCUGUGUGAUUUUGAAGUGGAAUAUCUGUAUGACUACAUGAAAAUUCGGGACGAGGAAUACUACCUGGUGAAGUGGCGGGGCUACUCGGAAGUGGAAAGCACCUGGGAGCCCCGUAAGAACUUGCGAUGCAUCAGUAUCCUCAAGCAGUUCCACCGGGACCUCGAGCAGGCGUUGGUCCAGCGCGGAGACAGGAUGAGAAAGAACAUGCGCUUCCUUGACCAAGGCAUCACUAGCUACCUGGUGCAGAAGGCCAAGCAGCGGCAGGCCCUGCAGCAGUGGGAGUACGAGCUCAAUGCCAAACGCAAUCACAAGGGACGCAUCGUGGUAGAGAAUGAAGUGGACUUGGACGGGCCUCCCCGGGACUUUGUCUACAUCAAUGAGUACAAGGUUGGGGACGGCAUCAUUCUCAACCAGGUGGCCGUGGGCUGCGAAUGCCGAGACUGUCGGUCGGAAGCAGUGGACGGUUGCUGCCCGGGGGUUUCGCACCAUAAAUUUGCUUACAACGAGCUGGGCCAAGUGAAGAUCAAGGCCGGCAUGCCCAUCUACGAGUGCAAUUCCCGCUGCAGAUGCGGGAUCGACUGUCCCAACCGUGUGGUGCAGAAGGGCAUUCGUUACGACCUCUGCAUUUUCCGGACAGAUAACGGGCGCGGCUGGGGUGUGCGCACGCUGGAGAAGAUCCGCAAGAACAGCUUUGUCAUGGAAUACGUAGGAGAGAUCAUCACAUCAGAGGAGGCAGAGCGACGGGGUCAGAUCUAUGACCGGCAGGGUGCCACUUACCUGUUUGACCUGGACUAUGUAGAGGAUGUCUAUACGGUGGAUGCUGCCUACUAUGGCAACAUCUCACAUUUUGUCAACCACAGUUGUAACCCCAACCUCCAGGUGUACAACGUCUUCAUUGAAAACCUCGAUGAGCGGCUGCCGCGCAUCGCCUUCUUCGCCACUCGGUCGAUCCGUAUCGGGGAGGAACUCACCUUUGACUACAACAUGCAAGUGGACCCGGUAAAUGCGGAGAGCACACGGAUGGACACUAAUUUCAGUCUCAUGGGAGGCCUGACCGGCUCCCCAAAGAAGCGGAUGCGCAUUGAGUGUAAGUGCGGCACGGAGUCCUGCCGGAAAUACCUCUUCUAGUUCCUUGGCGGUUUUGCCUGGGAGAUGUCUGGCCAUGCUUGAACUGGAAGGCAAGAGAUGAACUGGCAGCUGCUGCAAAAUGGCAGUUUAAGAGUGACUGUACCUGCUUUAAAAAACCACGGAUGAUGGGGACUAUGAACUAUAUAAGCGGGCAGUGACCCGCACCUGUUGUGCGGUCCCGCCUCCACAUGACAGCUUCUCAUCGCCAAGCAGAAGUAUUCUAAUGAUAUGCAAGGGGCUUUUCAAAACACAGGUGAUUAAAUUGACUUGUUAGACUUGCUGCUGAGAUGCUGGCUACAAGGACAACAGCCCAGAAUGGCUCAUAAAUCUGCUGGGGGGGUGUCUUCUCCACCUCAGUUUAUUAUUAGGAAGGCUUGAUUGCAGGUGCCUUGGGGCAGAGAACACUGGCUAAUUUCUUUUCUUUGUUGUGGUUUGCUAGGAGAUAGAAGGUCUUGCUUUCUAAAUGGGAAGCGCUUCCUGGUUGCUUUGCAGGUAGGUGGAAAACCGUCCCCCCGCCACUCAGUUUUUUAUGGAUUUGGCAGGACACAAGUUCUGUAUUACCUCAGUGUGCUAUAUACGACUGCUGUCCAUCUCUCUAUUCAUUCACGGAACCUCCUUUCAGCAUAGCGCUGGGGAGAGUCUCCAAGAUAAUUUGUACUUGAAGUCGCACUUAUUGCCUAUCUCAGAGAGUUGUCCUAUGCAAACAGACAAGCCAUCGUCACCUCUCUUAACUAAUGUAUUUUUCAUCCCCUUAAAAGGACAUUUUUUUAAAAAGCGUAUUUGUGGAAGUGGGUUGGGGCAAAGAAUCUAGCUUCAGACUGUUGGUUGAUGGACUUAAUUAGAUUGUUGGAUUCUUUAUUCUGUUGGAUUUUUAUUCUGUUUGCAACUUUACACUUUGUAUCGUUUCUUUUAAAAAAUCCAAAAAACAAAA